ACCUCGGACAUCCAAAUCUAAAUAAACUGACCCGGGCAAACAGUAGAACAGACCGUCCCCUCCUCUCUUCAAGAUCCUCGGAGGCCAUUGAUGGGGAGCUCUGUUCUGUUAUUAGAGAUCCAAAUCCCCUGAAAACGACCCUUUUCCAUGUUCUUUCUUCCACGGCAGCCGCCAAAGCACCAACCGCCAUCCACCCAUCUUCGGUUACUCCCUCGGUGCGCAUUAACGACAAGACAGAUCGUUUUCUGCACUCGGGUUUUUUUGUCAAAUGAGAUUUCAACACACGGGACGUUGAAUAAGCUGUCCCGGUAUGAAUAUUCUUUCUAGGUAAUCCCAGAUGAGUCCGAGCAGAACGCUUUGUCAUUGCACAAGUGGCGGGGUCUCAUCGGAUCCGCCUCCUCGAAGGACUGUGAGCUCAUCAGAUUUUUUUGGAGUUUGGGGUCGUUGACUUAUGGCCGAUAGGAGCUCAGGUUUAAGCUCUCGCUCUGCUCGUGGAUCCAACUUCCGGCGGUUCAAAUCGUUCCUCGAAGAUAUGAAUCACUAGGCAAGCUUACGAAGAAAGGACUUGUUCGGUUCUGGAUCGGUCCCUGAGAAGUAUAUUUAAUCAGAAGCUUCCUGUCACUCCCAACCUUUAGAAGAUUAGAGUGCUCCUUGUUCGAUCCUAUAUCAAUGGGCUUAUGGACCCGAAAGAUAUUUGGCUUCUCCCUCUCUCUUAUCCUCAUCAACAUGGCCGCUAUCAUGGAGAAGGCCGAUGAGAACCUCCUCCCUGCAGUGUACAAAGAAGUGAGCGAGGCCUUCAAUGCAGGCCCGUCCGAUUUGGGCUACCUGACCUUCAUAAGGAACUUCGUUCAGGGAAUGGCAUCACCCCUGGCUGGAAUCCUAGUCAUAAACUACGAUCGGCCCACUGUGCUAGCAAUUGGCACUCUCUGCUGGGCAUUGUCCACUGCUGCAGUCGGGGCAAGCCAGGAGUUCCUUCAGGUCGCGUUUUGGAGGGCUGUGAACGGGUUUGGGCUUGCGAUUGUGAUCCCAGCCCUCCAGUCUUUCAUUGCAGAUAGCUAUAGUGAUGGCGUGAGGGGUGCUGGCUUUGGGUUCCUGAGCCUUGUGGGAUCAUUUGGUGGCAUAGGAGGGGGAGUCCUGGCGACAGUUAUGGCUGGUCAGUAUUUCUGGGGGAUUCCCGGGUGGAGAUGCGCAUUCAUCAUGAUGGCAAUGCUCAGCGCGUUGAUCGGGUUUCUCGUAUUUGUAUUUGUUAUUGACCCGAGAAAGACUAGCAGUUUCCGGAGUCAUGAUUCUGCAGAUAGGGAGGAUCUGUUAGGGAAGGGGUCCCGUGUGAAAUCGGUUUGGGUCGAGUCUUGGGCUGCCAUGAAAGCUGUAAUGAAGGUCAAAACAUUUCAGAUCAUCGUCCUACAGGGGAUCGUUGGUUCGCUACCAUGGACAGCAAUGGUUUUCUUCACCAUGUGGUUUGAAUUAAUUGGUUUUGAUAACAAUGCAUCAGCAGCCCUCCUGAGUGUCUUUGCAGUGGGAUGUGCUGUAGGAUCCUUGCUUGGAGGACUCAUAGCUGAUCGGGUUUCCCAGGUCUACCCGCACUCAGGCCGAAUUAUGUGCGCGCAGUUCAGCGCCUUCAUGGGGAUCCCAUUCUCAUGGUUCCUGCUCCGGGUGAUCCCACAGACAGUUGCCAGCUGGCCCACCUAUGCCGCUACGCUUCUCAUCAUGGGCCUCACCAUUAGCUGGAAUGCCUCCGCUGCAAAUGGGCCUAUGUUUGCCGAGGUUGUCCCAGCUAAGCACCGGACCAUGAUCUAUGCCUUUGAUCGUGCCUUUGAGGGGUCAUUCUCCUCCUUCGCCGCUCCUUUGGUUGGGAUCCUCUCAGAAAGGAUUUAUGGUUAUGACGCCAAGUCUGUGGACCCCAUGAAGGGCUCUACCAGAGAGGCUUUCGCCCUGUCGAAGGGGCUCCUCUCGAUGAUGGCAGUCCCAUUCGGUCUGUGUUGCCUGUGUUACACGCCCCUGUACAAGAUCUUCAGGCAAGACCGAGAAAAUGCGAGGCUCUCAAGCAUUAAAGAGGAGGAAAUGACAUGAAUCGUUGAACUACUGUCUUGGCGGGGACAUCAUUUGUGAAGUUUGAUUUUCCAGCAAUGGCAAAAUUUCUGGGUUGACCGAUAGUUCAACACGAGGGAGGAACAUUGCCUAUCGGGAUUCCAGUUUUUCCAGAGCUUGGAUUCUUCUCUCCUUGCCAGAGAUCGGAGUUUGUUUUCAAUUCUUAACCGAGACUGGGGACGCUUUUCACAGAAUGAUGCUUAGGAUUUUAGCUUAGAGGCCGUUGCCAUGCAACUAUCAUCAAUAACAGGUCUUAUAGUCACGACUAUAACUAUAAUCUGUUUUGAUUCAUUCAGCAGUUUGUACGAUAAGUGAGCUUACAAUUAUUUGUUCCUCGAGGCCUGUAUGUUUCUCAAUAAGUUUCCCAUCCGAUUA